AUGGUCACAUGUGCUGCAAGAGGAUGCAGGAACUCAAACGCAAAAGGGUCCAAAAUGUGCAAUUUUCCAAGAGAUCCACAACGAUUGCAUACAUGGCUGGCAAAUUGUGGAAUGGAAAAUAAAGUAUUCAAUUAUUGUGCUGCAUUAUGUGAGUUUCACUUUUCAGCCGACAUGUGGGAGAAACAGCGGAUUGAUGGAUCAAAAAAGUUAAAAUCGUCUGCGGUGCCAACAAUAUUUGGCGAGCUUGUGACCCAGCAAGAGCAUCAGAAAAUUACCAAUAGUAAGUACAAUAAAGAAGAUCGUUCACAUUCGAAUUGUAAAGAGUAUUGUUAAUAUAUA